AUGCAUUCAGUCAAGGAUGCAAUCGCUUAUGGGUUGCAAGAAGCACAGUACAAAGAUGUCCGUGAACAUCAAAGGAAAGUAAUCAAGGGUUAUUGCAGUGGAAAAGACGUAUUUCUUUCAGCGCCAACAGGAUCAGGAAAAAGCUUGACUUUUAAAGUUGCUCCCUAUGUUUUCGACUAUUUAGAGCACGGCGAAAGACUGGAAGUGUGUUCUGUUUGCUUAGUUGUUUUGCCACUGGUCGCCCUUAUGAAGGACCAAGUUGCCUCUUUAGUUGGCCGAGGGAUAUCGGGUGCUUCAGUUGGAGCAGACUGCACGAGGGAACAAGUAAAAGAAAUUUCGGAAGGAAAAUACUCGCUGGUAUUUGGAAGCCACGAAGCUCUUUUGUAUAGCCACCGAAGCAUUUUUCAUGGAAAACUCAGGAAAAACCUUAAGGCUGUUUUUGUCGAUGAAAGUCACUGCAUUGCAAAAUGGUGAGCGAUUGAUUUGUUAUUGUUUGCAAUGUACAUUUGCAAGACUACAGAAUACAAGGUCACCUGAAAAUUUCCGUAUUAUUUAAAAUAACAAAAGCAUCUAUUGUGUUAUGGCUCGUUCUUAGAUGCAACGUUUAUUUUUUUGAAGAUAUCUGUUACCAUAAUCUCUUAACCAGAAGUACAGUAAGCUUAUAAUUAAUCAGACUUAAUAUAUUAUUAUAAUUUAUAUCUUGUAGCAAAUCCCUAUUUGCUCAAAAACCAGAGUUACAAUCAUUUAGUAUAAUUUCUAGACUUUCUCAGAGUCGUUUGCUCAGGUUUUCGAAUAAUAAUUUGAAUGAAGAAAUUUUUUACUUUAACUGACAUUGAUUACUACUGCCUGAAUUUAUUGAUUAUGACUGAUUCAUCAACUAACCAGAAACUUCAAUGGUAGCAGUACUUGUUGACCAAAAUAUAGUACUGGCAUUGACACUUAUACAGGUACAAAUUGUGCCGAUGUUUCAGUCUACUGUGUUUAUUUAUACCACGUUUAUACAAUUUGCUAACAUUGCAGGGGAAUGGGAACCAAAUCUGAAGAAGCAUUUAGAAAGGAUUAUAGUAGACUAGGAGAACUGCGGUCCUUGGUUCACCACUAUGUACCAUUUAUAACCCUGACUGCUACGGCUACGGAGACUGUUCGAAGGACAAUUAUAAAGGAUCUAGGGAUGGAUGGAUGUCUAAAGAUCUUGGGAGAUCCCAGCAAGACAAAUGUCCGAUAUGCUGCAGUGGAUAUUGACUCAACCAACUUGUAUGGCAGUUUUAGCGUGAUCAUUAAGGAUGUUGAAAUUAAUCAGAUUCAUGCAACCAAAGUUCUUGUGUUCUGUCGCAAAAAAGAGCAUGUCAAGGAACUUUUUGAACUAUUCAGUCGAUGCCUUGGCCAAAAGGCCUAUUACAGACCAACUGGGCAAGAACCAGUAGAUGAUCGGACACGUUUAUUUACCAUGUAUCACAAGAAAACUGACAAACUGGUAAAAGGAACUACUGAAACCGAAUUUUGCAAGGAAAAUGGUACUGUUCGGGUUGUUUUCUGUACAAUAGCUUUUGGUAUAGGAGUUAAUGUGGAAGGUGCUUAUAAUGGAAUUCAUUUGGGGCCAUAGUCUGAUCUUGAUGAUCAUCUGCAAGAGUCGGGUAGAAUUGGAUGAUCAUCGGACACUAUGAGCCAUGCUGUGCUAUUAAGAUUUAAAGGCUGUACACAGAGCAGAAAAAUAAGCAAGGGAAUGAAAGAGUAUGUUAAAAAUAGUGAAGAAUGUCGGCGCAAACUGCUUCUCAAACUUUUCUGCUCAAGUCCUCAGAGUAGUGAUACCAAACACUCCUGUUAUGACAUAUGAGCAAAAUCGUGCCGUUGUGUUUGAACAUGCAGCCUGGAACUGUGUAUAUGCCAAGACUCCUGCUCUUUAAGUGACUACCAAUCACAAGUUGAAGCUCACAUCAAAUCAUUAAAUGACACUGAAGAAAGAGUACCAGACUCAGCAAUCAGCAAUGAAAUGUCAAAACGAAGACAGACCCAUUUACGCUGUCGGCUAAUGAAUUACUGGGCAGAUUUAGCACAGAACAUGCGCAUGAAAAAUUACUAACAGGGAUAAAUUUAGCCACUGGAUACUCUAGAAAGCUCGUUGACAGCAUUGUCAGCAAGAUCCAUGAUGUGCGCAGUGUACUAGACCUGAAGGACAAGUUUGCUUUCUUCAGUGAAGUACAUGCCACAGAGACUUGGCAAAUAAUAUGCGAGGUACUGGCAAUGUCAGAGUCUGAGAGUGAAUCUGAAUUGAGCGGAGAGACUUAUGCUCACUCUCGGGAAUCAAAAGGGUCUGAUACAUGUAGCUCAAGUGAAGGCGAAAGUGACAGCAGUGAUAUUGCGAGAAGAAGAACACGAAAACUUCGGGUAUUCAGUAGUUCUGAUGAAUACAGCAGCUCCAGUGACUAA